UCGUGCGUGGAUCAAUGGUAUGGCACUAUAAAAGUGAAAGUAAAAGCAGAAAAAGAGAUAUCAAAACAAUAGGCUACAUACCGGCACGUAACAGGGGUUUUAUGAUUGGAUUUUCUUGACUUAGUAAGAAUUCUAGCAGCUGCAUUUUGAACUACAUAAAUGCUUCACACUUCUGUAAUUGAAUGGUGAGAGGAAGCUGUUGAGUCAUAUUGCUCCUGUUCCUCUUGAGCACAUGACAAACAGACACUGGUUUAAAAGAUCCCUGCUACUGCUUGCUCCAUCAGUGAUGUUGUCAGUCAUGUUUGUGAAACUCAGUCUGUUGGCUCUCAUAUUCUUUGUGACAAAGGAUGUUCACCCCACCUAUGCUGAAGCAAAAGUGGCUGCACCCCAGAAUGUGAAGGUGACCUCCGUCAAUAUGGCUGCAGUUGUUGAAUGGACAUCUCCACACAAUCCCAUGAGUAACGUGACAUACACGGCAAGAUAUAUCCUGAGAAAAAAUGACUUUUCCCUCUGUGUGAACACCAAAGAGCUGAAAUGUGAUGUAGGAAUACUGCCAUCUGUAUUUGGGAGCUAUAUUUUUCAAGUGCGGGCAGAGGAUCAGGGGCUGUUCUCUGAGUGGGUUAAUACAGACAAAUUUUCACCAUAUAAGCACUCUAUCAUAGGACCCCCUACUGUGCAUCUUGUCAUCCAAAAUAAUACCUUGGAUGUGCAUGUCCAAGCUCCAAUGCUGAAAGUGGGCAAACUUGCAGACGUGUUUUCACAAGUGUCCUACAUCAUCAGAUACUGGACCGAAGGCUUCGAAGAGGAGGCAAUGGAGAAGAAGGUUGCCGAAACCAAUGAAGAUUAUGUUAAACUGAGUAUUAAAGGACUACAUUCCUGGAGCAGAUAUUGUGCACAGGCUAUGUUGGUUCCCAAAGGCUACAGAAAUGUCAAACCGUUCAGUUCUGCCGUAUGUGUGACUAACAUACCUGUGCUCAUCAGCUGUGUGAUUGUUGCUGCCAUCCUUCUUCCUCUGGCAAUCCUGGCCGCCUGGCUGAUCUAUAAAGUGUACAGAUUCCUGUACCCGAAAACCAAACUACCAGAACUUCUCAAGAAUCUAUUCGUGCCAUCAUUUUGGAAUGCUGAGGCAACCCAACAUUCUACACACCAGAAAGAACAGCAUGAUAAAAUCAGUACCAUAUCUGAGCACCAUCUAUAUGAAGAGCUCAGCGAGAAAAACAAGAUCUCAGAGGACAAGGAGUGUGGGUUGCCGUCUCUUCUCGCCCCAAUUCAAGAGGUGGAAGAGGACUACAAACUCCUGAUGCACAUGAAUCCUGCACCUGCUUUUUACCCUAACCAUCUCUAUCCCUUAUGCUUGAAAAACUCAUUAUUUACUAAUUUAAACAAACCCUGCUUCAGAGGCUCCACUAGCACUCAGCCUUGUUACUACAACAUAGCUGGCGCAAGCUCUGAACCCCACCAUUAUCAACAAGCUGAGAUGAACUUAUUUACUUAAGAAUGAUCUUGACUGCCGCAACUAUAUAAUUUAUAUUUGUUAUGUAUAUAUGUAUAACUCUAUGCAGUGGUGCAAUGGCUGUCUGUUGUAUAUAAUUUCUUGCAUUGUUUACUCAUGCUAAUAAUUGAAUGUACUUUCUGAGAAAUUGAUAUCAUUGUAUGCCUAUAAAUGGUUGUAUUGUUGUUGUAAA